GGAGCGGGAGCGGAGCUCGGCCGGGCCGGGCCCGCUGGAGAAGCCCCGCCCGGGGGGGCCAUGGCCGAGCGGGCCGCUGCCCAGGCUCCAAAAUGGGACCUAGAAUCCCAGCACCCGACACUUUUGCAUCCCCUCACCAGCCUCAAACAAACUUCGCUGAGAGAAACGCGACUGCAGAGUGCGGAGAUUUCCCUGACUGUUGUGGCUGCUGUUCAAGACAUGGAAAGGAGGGUUGAUUCUCAUGCUGCAUGUUUGCUGAAUCUGGAAGGGAGAACAGGGAUGUCUGAGAAGAAACUAAUAGACUGUGAGAAGACAAUGGUGGAGUUUGGAAACCGGCUGGAGAGUAAGUUGGCCACGCUGGGAACUCUGAUCCAGGAGUACGGGCUGCUGCAGAGGAGGCUGGAGAACAUGGAGAACCUGCUGAAGAACAGGAACUUCUGGAUCCUGAGGCUCCCUCCAGGAACUAAGGGGGAAGUUCCCAAGGUGCCAGUAACAUUUGAUGACAUCUCAGUCUAUUUCAAUGAGCAGGAAUGGGGGAAUUUAGAUGAAUGGCAGAAGGAACUUUACAAGAAUGUGAUGAAAAGCAACUAUGAGACGUUGAUGUCACUGGACUAUGCCAUUUCCAAACCUGACAUCCUAUCGCGGAUUGAACGAGGGGAGGAGCUAAGUGUCAGGGAUCAAGGAGAUGCGGAAAAGAGAGAAUUUCCUACAGACCCCAGCGCAGACUCUCCAGUUUGUACACAAGAGAGUUUAUUAGUUACUAAACAAGAGGAAGAGUUGUGUGUUGGGGAUCAGCAGGACUUGGAGGGCAGAAAAGUCCCUAAAGAGCUCUGCACAGACCAUGCAGUUUCCAAGUUUGACAGUUUAUCUCAGACUGAGGAAGGCAAAGAGUUAUGCAUCAGGGUACUGCUAGAGUCAGAGAAUACAGAGAUGCCUAUAGACCCAUGCAGUGGAUUUCAGAUUUGUGCAACUGACAUUUUAUCACGGAUUAAACAAGAGGAAGAGCCGAGUGUCUGUGAGCAGCAUGAUUCAGAGGAAAACGAAAUCCAUACAGAUCCCAGCACAGCAAAAGAUGGAAGCACAAACAAGGAUAAGCUCCCUGGAAAACCUCUUGACAGCAUUGUGUACAAGUCUAGAUUAUAUGGAAAACUCGGAGAAGAGUGUUUGCAAAAUCCCAAACAGAGUGUGACAUGGAAGAGUCUGUACGAUUCAAAAAUGCAGCAGACAACUGCUACUGGGAACAGUUUGGGGGUUUCAUCUCUCUGUGACAAAAAUGUAUUAAUCCAUCAAGAAGAACCCUACCCAGAAGAGAGACUGUAUACAAGUACUGAAUGCGAGAGAAAGUAUACUCAAAAAGUGUAUCUUCAGAAUCACCAACAAGCCCACACAGGAGAGAGAGACUUUGCAUGCACUGAGUGUGGGAAAAACUUCCAGCUGAAGGUAAGUUUGACAAAACACCAAAGGAGCCAUGGAAAAGAGAAACCCUAUGAAUGCAGCCAAUGUGAGAAGAGCUUCAUUUGCCACUCAUGGCUCAUUAGGCACCAAAUGAUUCACAGUGGAGAGAGGCCAUAUAAAUGUACCAAAUGUGACAAGAGCUACAGCAGAAAGGAUUAUCUUCUAAAUCACCAACGCCGGCAUUUAGGGGAGAAAUUAUUCCAAUGUAACGUGUGUGGGAAAACCUUUGUGCUGAAAAGAAGCUUAGUUAAGCAUCAAAAAACUCACAUGAAAGAGACCCAAUCCACUUAGCCAGUUGAUUCUUCUUAGACACCAGAUGAUUCACACAGAGAAGCUGGAACAAUCCCUAGGUGAGCGAAAAACUGAGUAGGAAAUCUAUGAGCCUAAAAAAUAAUCCUAUCACCAGUAACUCCAUCUGAAGGCUUCACCGGGACCUGGAUACACAGAGACCAGCUUAAUGGAAAAGGAGAGGAUGCAUUAAUAUCUUUUCACAAGUUACUAUGUGAGAGAGAGCUAACUGAAAAUAGGUCAGAAAAUGCAUGUUAGUGUGACCCACAACAGGAAGAAGGGAUUGUUGGCUCUUUACUGAGAGGAGGGACUCCUACCAUUUGAAAUUUAGAACCCAUUUCUGAACUCCUCUUCAGAGAAGCAGAAGAUACUUAGGAAUGGAGUUUGGGAGGUGAAAUGCACCUGUAGCUCCCACUUAAGUCAAAGGUAGCUCUCGGUAUUCAGCACCUCUAUAAAUCACACUUUUACCCAUUGAAGCCAGGCAAAUGGAGAUAUUUUAAGAUUACCUAGCUGAGACCCCUUAAGAGUUGGAGACUGACUAGAGAAAGCUUACAGUAUAGAUUUCUUUUUGGACAGCCUGAGUUUUCCACCUUCCAAACGUAAUGUUCCAUAUUACAGACUGUUAUAUAUAUGGUUUGAUGUGUGCAUUACUGGACACUGAAGAUUUUUAUAUGCUAUUUGUCCUGGGUUUGAGAACACUCUCUUAGUUUUCACCACAUUUUGGUUUUGAAGGAAACAUUAUGGGGAAUAAAGUGGAUAAGCAUUUGUCGUGCUGCAGCAGCUAUAGGUCAUUACUAUCGCUACUUUUCACUGGAAGGACAAAAAUGUACCUGAGACAGGAACCAGCCCUGUUCAGUAACACCAGGUUCUUGCUGUAAUAAAAGAAAAUUUCUCUAAUCUCACUUUCGAUGGCACUGUGGCCCCUCAGGGGAAAAAAAACUUUAGGUGCAGCAGGGCUGGGUAGUUAAGUUGAGCAAAAUGCCAUGAAAGUCAAUAAAUAAUACAAGUGAGCACCUCAGCUGGUAUAACUUGUCCUAGCUCCUUUACGGUCAGUGAAGAUGUUAAAAGUUACAGCAGCUAAGGAGCUGGCUCUGUAUUUAUAAACUCUUACUGAAGUUUGUGUGGGAAUUUCUUUAGGUUUUUUUUAAUAAAGUUGUCAGGAAAAAUCCUCUGGCUCAAACUUGGCAGGAUUGUUUCUAGCACCCUCUGAUGCCUCUUCUGGGGGACUGAGCUAUGUUAUAGAAAAGAGGAGGGGAGGGAAACAAACCAGCAGGGCAAAACCUAGUUCUGGCAUUAAUCACCUUGUAAGCUCCAUCCAGAUGGCACUCCCUCCGAGUUUGUUUUGGAACAAUCUAUUGAUGAGUUACUGGUGGGGAAAAAUACAAACAAAAUAAGUUAAAAAAGCAGAUUCUUCACAAUCAUGUCUUCAGCCUAUCGACCACUUAAAGUCUCAUAUUACAGUCUCACAGGGUGGAAUUCAGUUUAAGUCAGUGGAGGUUGUGAGGGCAUUCUGCCCUUCACGGGGUGGGGUCCCAAAUGUAAAUCAAAAAUUUUCUGAUUGAGGUGCAGCAUUACAUCAAAUGAUUAUGGCUUAGAAUAAGAGUUUGGCCCACCAACUGCACUUAAAGUGAAGGGAGUCUCAGCUGGAGAAUUCAGAAGACGGCCAUGAACAACACAACUGUGUGCUAAACCCAAAACAGAGGCGCAAGGUAUUCUUUAUAAUGUAUUCUUUGUGGGUGAAGGAAAUGCAUUCUGCUUAAAUUACAGAAGAUGGAAAAUUGGUAUAGGCAAAUAUAUUCGGCAAAAGAAUCAUUUCAUGGUCUUGGUAAAAUCUUUAUGGGUAAUUUUGUUACUUUUCUGUUAAUAUGGACCUUUCACUCAAUCUGACUAGAAUCUGUUUUUCUCUCACCCCAUUAAUUAGCUGGUGAGCUGUUGUGAUUGUUUAUUAGAGGUGUAAUUCUACUGUUCUUAUCCUUGUGAAUGGAUUAUCUUGUGUGUUAUAUUGCCAUGGAUAGCAUUUUGUUCUUAAAUUAACACUGUUGAGAGUAGUUAUUUGCCACAGAACAUGUUGUAUUUCCUACCCUCAAUUAAAGGAAUAGAUACUGUAACCAAUCA